AUCCUCCCCACCAGCCGCCGCAGACACGGAGUCAAUAAAACAAAUUCCAAGGGAAAAAAUUAUAUAGUCACAAACAAGUAGAAAGGAGGCCAAGAAAAAAAAAAGUCAACGUCAUUCAAGAUGACUCGCGGAAACCAAAGAGACCAGGAUCGCAUCAAGAACCAGAAAAAACAAAACAAAAAGAAAACCGCCAACACCUUGUCCGGGACGCAGUUCCAGCAGAAAAAGGAGUCGGAUGCUGAGAUCAUGCGAAGGAAGCAAGCAAGUGCCGACGCAGCGAAAAACUCAUCCGAUAAAAAGAAAUGACCAGUAUUGGCUUGGAUCCGUCAUAUAUGCCACCCGCUUCGUUUCAAUGAACAUCCUCUUAUGACAUACCCCUCGAGCAACCCCCGCUUUUUUGGAUUAUAACCAUGUCUGUCGGAGCGCAUCUGUUUGGAGAGAUGCCAUAUGUUGAGAGAUGUGAUGGGAAUGACGGAUCUACACGGGCUAUUUUACACUAUACACUGGAUUCUAUACAGGGAAGUUGGGGCUAUUGGCGCAUAUUAUCAUAGCAUUAUAUCUAGCGAGGCGUUAUUCAAAACGCGGAGGAGUUUCUAUUCUUCGUACGCAGAGCGACGUAUCACGAAGGCACGAGAGACUAUAU